UCCGGACGUGGAUGUGAACGACGGACGUUGGUUGGAGAAUUGAUCUACAUCGUCAUGACAAUAAAGCAAUCUUUUGUGCAGUAUUAUGAUCCAAUUUAAAACGCAAUCUUAUUCAUUUAGCUAGCUACAGGGUCAGUCGACAUGUGCAUUUCCUUGUUCUGAACAUACUACCCGUCUAAAGGAAAGAGAAAAGGAGGAACUAAAGUUGACCUACUGUGUUAACUGUCGCUGCACUGCACCCGCUCACCUCCUCUCCUCCCGGUUAACGUUAUCUCAGCUCCGGUGCCGCUAUGGGCUGCCCUCUUCUCCCGCUGAUCGUCGUCGUGCUGUCAGCACGGUCGGCUAUCGGAGACCCGGCGGGAUCCGCUGAUGUCGACGGAGCUCCGCCUUCUAAAAUAGCGGUUGUCGGGGCGGGGAUAGGAGGCAGUGCCACAGCCCAUUUCUUGCGGCAGCACUUUGGCCCUGAGGUCCAGGUGGAUGUGUUUGAGAAGGGGGAGGUCGGAGGCCGUCUCGCUACUGUAACCGUCAAUCACAACGACUACGAGUCUGGAGGUUCUAUCAUUCACUCCCUCAACCUCCACAUGCAGGAGUUUGUCAAACAGCUAGGUUUAAAGUAUCGCCGCAGCGUGGCGGGCAAGACGGCGGUGUUUAACGGCCAGGAGGUGAUUUUGGAGGAGACAGACUGGUACCUGCUGGACCUGUUCCGGCUGUGGUGGCGCUACGGCAUCAGCUUCAUACGCCUGCAGAUGUGGGUGGAGGAAAUUAUGGAGAAAUUCAUGAGAAUCUACAAGUACCAGGCCCACGGCUACGCCUUCAGCUCUGUGGAGGAACUACUGGACUCUCUCGGGGGGAGUGGCUUCAUCAACAUGACCCGGAGACCGCUCUGUAGUUCGCUGCUGGAGCUGGGUGUGUCGCAGCGUUUCAUCGACGAGGUCAUUGAGCCCAUCAUGAGGGUCAACUACGGACAGAACGUCAGCAUCCCCGCCUUUGUAGGCGCUGUAUCGUUAGCUGGUGCCCAGAACAACCUGUGGGCGGUGGAAGGAGGCAACAAGCUGGUGUGUUCUGGCCUGCUGAAGAUGGCCAACGCCAACCUGCUGCAAGCACAAGUCAACUCCAUCUCGCCCGUCUACUCCGGGGAGGACCCCCAGUACCAGCUGAGCUUCACCACAGCAUCAGAGACAAGAUCAGAGCUGUAUGACAUUGUAGUGUUGGCGACGCCCCUCCAGGCCAGUGUCAGGUCUGGAGUCCAGUUCCAAGGUUUCACUCCUCCUUUUGACGAGCUCCCCGGCAACUAUCACAGCACUGUUGCAACCAUUGUCCAUGGUUACCUCAACACUUCUUUCUUUGGUUUCCCGGACCCUCGCCUCUUCCCCUUCGCCAGCGUUUUGACAACUGAGACACCUGAUCUGUUUUUCAACAGCGUGGCAAGUGUUUGUCCCGUCAACAUCUCGACAGGUUUUCGACGUAAGCAGCCACAAGAGGCCGGAGUCUAUAAAGUGUUCUCGCCACAACCUCUGGAAAAGACUCAUCUCAAAACACUGUUCAGGUCAUACUACUCAGUUCAGGUGACAGAGUGGCAGGCCUACCCUUGUUACGGCAGCAGCCAGGGACUGCCGCCUGUGGAGCUCCACCCCAAUCUCUACUACCUCAAUGGCAUCGAGUUGGCCGGCAGCGCCAUGGAGAUGAGCUCAGUGGCGGCCAAGAACAUCGCCCUGCUGGCUUACCACCGCUGGAACAGACAGACGGACAUGGUGGACCAGAAAGAUCUUAUGCACAGAAUCAAGACUGAACUUUGACUUGAUCAACUGAAAGCCUUAUCGCAUCACUAAGCUGAUGUGCAGGAAAAUGCCUGUAUUGGGGUACUACAUUUUACAGUUUGACUUGUGAGAAGUCUCCAGUUGCAAAGUGUAUAUAGAGACAAGUAAUAUAUUACUACAUACUGUACAUCUAAUACACUGAAUCAAUGAUACAUACUGUAUGUUGAACAUAAUGUGACCCUGCCUUAUCUUAAAUAAACUUAAUCAUACAACAGAAAAACAGUAUCAAAGUCAAAUCAAGUCUAAAACAAAUUUUAAUCGCACCACUAUAGACAACUGUGGUACUGCGCAACUCUCCAAAGGUCAGUUUGAUUUCACUGCCAGAGAGAAGAUAUGCAGAUAUAUGAAACAUUUUUCAGUUUUGGUUGAGGAGUGAUUGCUAAUGCUAAUUAGUGGUUUCAACCAAAAAUCCAGCUACAGGCAGGAAACCAAGCAACCGUGAAAAACACCUAAUAAUACUAAUCUUAGUAGGAAGUGAAUGGACUGUUAGGAGACACUGUUUUAUUGAGUUGCUGGUAGUGUGAAUCAACACCAGUUAAUAUGGGUACUAGUCUAAGGUUACUGGUGCUGCUCUGUGUAAAUAAAAAAUCUUGUGUCCAAGUCAAGAAAACACUCUUGGAAUCAAGAUUGAGAGCAUGAAUGAGACUUUUCUAAAUGGCUGCUUUUUGACUAUGCUGUGACAGCUGUGAGAUAUGCGCCAGGUCACUGAUUUAACUGCCUUUAGGCACAUAAACCAGCCCUCUGUCCUAUAAUCAAAAACAACUGCAGCACUGCUAUGACUGUAAACAUUUAAGGACUGUCAAUGGACUUAUUAUUGGCCCAAACUGCACAAGGAGAUCUCAUUAAAGUAAUCUCGGAAAGAUCUUUGUAAAUAAUAAAAUCAUUAUUCAGUGACUCAUGGUAGUGGCCACUGGUGCUAUGCUCUAUUGCCCCUUUCAUCAGACUGUUUCAUUAUCUCCCCUUCCUGCUGCUUUUGUUGCAUAAUCCAGCAGAAAGAAUUUUUUUCGGGGAACGGAGCCAACAGGAUUUCACACUGGACCAAAUGAAAGCAGAGGACAGAUCCGUGGAACUGCUGAUGGUGAUGAUGACACACACAACCCUCCCCCUGCAUCCUGCUUUUUUAUAAUAAGCACAAUAAUCUUGGAAAAACACAUGUGAAGAUAGAGUUGGACAUUCCACUUACAGCAAUGGCAAGUGCUAAAAGGAUGGUGUGACACGAUAAGAAAACUGACCGUUUAUUAUUCUCAUAAGACUUUGAGAAAUUCCUUGUUUUAUUCCUUUUUUUAAUGUAUAACGGUGGAUUUGGACUGAAGUGGAUUUCUGUUCUCAGAAAAACUUAAUUUAACUGUUGCCAACUAAAAACUUUCAAAAUGCCAGAAUGAAGAUUGUUGAUCUUUUUUUUUUUUAUUAUUCAAAGUUUUCACUCAGCCGCAGCUUCUAUACAUAAAACAGUCAAAUACUCGUAGCAAUACCUUUAUGAUAUUCUGUAAAACAAAAACACAAUGCAAAUGCACACAAUGCAUAUUAUUGUAUGGAACCAUGUUGUGGGCUGACAAAACAAUCCCAAAUCAAUAUUCACUUACUAGCUUUUUGCAGUGUUCAAUGACAUCUCACUGAGGAAGCUCCAUCCACUAAUGAAGGUCGUGAGAUGUUAUUAAAAGUUAAGACAAAAACGAGGAGGGAGACAUUUGAGUAAACUAUUUUGUCACACGUGUAACCUUAGCUGCUUUACAAACUUAACUUUCUGCUAAGUACAGAAUGUACUUCAAUCAACAUUUUUCAUCUGCCCAACAAAAUAAUGCAGCUGUUUAUAAUGAAUGAUGUUCACUAUUCUGACUGUUAGUAAAAUUAAAGUAUUCGAAAGUUUGCUGUAAUUUUUUGUUUGUUUUUAAGAAUAACUAAAAACUCUGGGCAGAGAAUUGACUUGUUGAAAAACGUGAGCACCGAACAAAAUCUGUUUUCUUGCUUGAUUUCACUCUGUUGGUGUUAGGUCAUUUGCAGUUGAAUUUUCUUCUACUGGAAUGGAAAGAAAAAGGAAAGUGAUAUUUCAUUAACAGGACAUCUACUGUAGGUGGUUGCCUGCCCGUAAACUCCUGCCACAUUUGUUCCAGUGAAUAGUUUAAAAAUGUUAGUUUACAGAUUUAUGAAUCAGAUUCAUGCAGUUUAAGGUACAACAUGCUGCAGUGUUUUCACUGUGAUGGAAGUUUUCAUAUUGGCCUGCAAUUAUGAGAUCCUAAAUCUGCCUAAUUUACACACAAAAUUAUUUAUUUCA